CACAGUUUUUUAGUAUGUGAAGAUGUCUUUGUUUUCGUUAUCGUUGGUUCGUAUCAUAAUUUUUAUAAAGAAAAAGUAGUGAAUGAGUUUGAAAAGGAAAAGAAAUUGCGACAAAAGUUAAAUUUUUCGUACUCUGUCGGCCGUAAUAUUCAUGGUAAAUCGUCGUCCAAAUUCCAAGUUAUAAAAUGUCUAAUCAUGAUCAAAUGGUUGAAGCAUUGAAGUCAUGCACUGGACUUUCAGAUAACGAUACUGCGAAACAGUAUCUGGAACAAGCAGGAUGGGAUUUAAUGAAAGCUAUUCAAGCAUUGAUACCAGGAGAAACGCAGAAGUUACCGUCGGAAGUUGAAUCGAAUGAUGUUCAUAUGAAUGAUGUUUCAAAUCAGCCAUCUUUUUCGAAUAAUGUCACCGUUAGCGAUGAUUACUUUAGUCCUGCGUCUACAUCCAGCUCUCGUAUAACUUUUAAUAUCUAUAAUCAUAACUUAGAUACUACAGAAAGCUUUCGUUUGUCUGAGAAUGACACCGUUGAUCAUUUAAAAACUGCCAUCCUUUUGAAAUGGAACGCGCCAAAAUGCCAGCAAGUGUUUACUGGUUGGCCUGGUCCUAAUUCGCCAAGCGACGAAGAGAAAUUGAAAAAUUUACCCCUCGUUUCUCCAGUUCAAUUAACCGUAUCGUAUGACGAUGUUGCUCGUAGUUCGAAGAAAACAGUCAAUGGAAUUCACGAUUCGAAUAGUAGCAGCUCGUUGGAAGAUGGCAAAUUCAAGUUACACAUAUUCGACGAAAUUCACCACCGCGACUACACCGUUUAUCAUUCAGGCACAAAGAAAGUAUUCGAUGUUAAACAAGAUAUGUUUAACAAAUCAGAUAUUCCAGUCGGUCAACAAAUAUGGUCAGGAUGGCCUCCCUCCUGCACCAGUGAUGAUUUAACAUUAGGUCAGCUGGGACUUAACACACCUCAACACGAUUUAUCUUUCCGAGCUGCUCCAGUUAUGGUAUCCCAAGGACGAUUUGAUAAGAAGAAACGUUACACUAGAAUUUCCACUCCUGAUUCAGAUACUGAUACGUCGUAUUCGUCCAACGACGAUGAAGAUAUGCAAAGUGUGAUCGCAGACGACUUAUUCGAAGACACAAACAACUUCCCACCGAAAAACAAUUGCUCAUGUUCGUUAGUACCCGCUGAAUUCGAAAACGAAACAAUGGGAAGUAUACAAUUCGCCGUAUCCUUCCAAGAAAGAUAUGGAGCUGCUCAUCCGGACUUUUUCCCCGGUACAUUAGAUCAAGCAUUUAAAGAAGCUUGCUCCAAACCAGCUAAAGAUAGAAAAUUGUUAGCUGUUUAUUUACAUCAUAACGACAGUGUAUUAACAAAUGUGUUCUGUAGUCAGUUAUUAUGUUUUGAAUCAGUUCUACAGUAUCUGGCCGAACAUUUCAUCGUAUGGGGAUGGGAUGUUACGUUAGAUAAUAACAAAACAUUUUUACUUCACGCGUUGUAUAACGUAUUAGGCUCAGUCGCUGCUCAUUCAGUUAGAAGCAUGAAAACCGAAAAAUAUCCUAUUAUAUUGAUUAUUACCAGAGUUAGAAGAAAUACCGAAAUAUUAUCAGUUAUUCAUGGUAAUGUUGGUCUGAACGAACUGCUGUCUUCUUUGAUCCAAACCGUGGAUAUGUUUUCGGAACAACAAAUCACCGAAUGUAAGGAAGAAGAGCAACGAAACGCCAGAGAUAUGAUAAAAUUCGAGCAGGAUCAAGCUUAUCAGGAAUCGUUGGAAGUUGAUAGAGCUAAAUUCGAAGCGAAACGUAAACAAGAACAAUUAGAAUUAGAAGAGCAGCAAAAAGUCGAAUCAGCCAAACAACAAGAAGCCGCUAAAAAAGAAGCUCACAGACGCGCAUUAGAGUCCAAGUUACCACCAGAACCUGCUGAUGGAAGCGAUGGUUUAACUAAAAUAAGAAUUCGAGUACAACAACAGUUUUUGGAACGCAAAUUCUUGAAAACUGAUACAUUACAGUUAUUACUGGAUUUUCUAGUUGUUAAAGGCUACGACCCUGCCGAUUAUAAGUUAAUCACAAGUUUUCCAAGAAAAGAUGUUACGUCGAUGAACCCUGAAAGUACAUUAGAAGAAUUGAAAAUGUACCCGCAAGAAACGCUCAUACUCGAAGAACGAUGAAUAUUUCUACAAAAUAUUUAUUAUUUUUAAUUUACUCUUUAUAUUUGUGUAUUUUUUGAAAAUACUUACGAAUUGAGGUAGUUGUGUUAUUUUUAUCUGUUCUCUCUCAUAUAAUCGAUCGCAAUAAAAUUAUAAAAAAUCUU